AUGGAGAAUAGUCCAACGCAGAUAAAACAAAAAGUGGUCACUGGGAACGAUCCGUCUAGUAUGAAGAGAAAGCAGCAGACUUGUAGGAGUCUCCCCCAGAGUGAAAGAAGCCAAAGGGGAAUAAGCAGAAAAGUUAGCACAGUAGGAGUGACAUCCGAAUAUGUUCUGGGGGAGGAACAAAAAAGUGGUGAUAUCCCCCCGACAGGGAAUCACAUCCAUCCUGAUAGUGUCAACUAUGGGAAGAUAGUCAGUUUCGAGGAAGGGGCCUUUUCCAAAGAGCAAAGGUGGAAUGCCCAAGGAAGCGUCUCCACGAACGCAUAUUCCCACCACUGCAGCGUUGAUGAGAGCACCUCGCGUCAAAACAGCAAUGAAGGUUAUCUCUCCGUGUGCACUUCCCUGGAGGUGGAGGGAGAAAGGACUGAUCUGCUUUACAAUCAAAGUAGCACUCUAAAGGAGGACAAUAACACGUUCCUAUUAGAGCAUGAAAUAUUUUUUGCAAAGGAUGAGUUAGUUGACGUGAAAGGUGAAAAUCAGUCUCGUCAGAGAAGUAAGCUAAAUGGAGGUGGGGGUAAAAAGAGGGACCUUGUGUCUACUAACGAGGCAUUAAAAAAGGGGAAGUACCCAUCUGGGGAUGUUGCUACUAAUUCAAAGAACACCCAUGAGGAUAAAACGAUUGUUCAUAGAAGGAGGAAUUCAGUGGGGAGGUCUCCCAAAUGUGAGGGUGCUAACCCUGCGAGGUGCAACACGUCUGAUAGGGCACAUGAUCAAAAGUUGAAAAGGGAAUCCACCCACGUGAUUUUAGAGGAAGCCCCCGUUAGUGGGAAGGGAAGGACUUCCAAUUCGGGUAAGAUUAAAGUAGCAGAUCAGAAAAUAAGCAACGCCUCGUCGUACGAUAAACGGAAGAGGGAAGAAUAUGUUUCCACUUCGAAUUACAGGUCAGAUAAUUUUACGUCUGGAGAUAAAAUGGACUGUAGAAACGACACCUUUUGUUAUGAGAAUAGCUUACAGAGUAGUCUGUCCAAGAGUGCCCAUAGUUCUAGCUUGGUGGACUAUGUCACUUCUCAAAAUAGUAGCCUCACUACUGAGUAUGGGGAGCAGUUUCCGGAGGGGACUCCUUACAAGAGCGAACGCACCACGGGUAGUCCCCCUUGCGAUAAGCCUUCUUACUUAAGUAGGGAAGUGCAAGACAGUCUCUACAAUUCCGUGGUGCAGAACAUGGAAAGGGAAAUUAUGAUCUUGAACGGGUUCGAGCAGGGGCAGGUUACAACGGAUCGAGGCAAGGUAGUGAAAGACGUAAAAGUGGAUGAUAUACAGUUGGACAAGGGGAAACUUCCCCCAGUGGAAGCCUACCCUGCGAAAUGCACCACAUCAGAAGAAGACGCCGUGAGAAUAUUUUUCAAGGGGGACAGAAGAUUCUUCAACUUUGAUCUCCCCGCUAGCGAAAUAAUCGAACGGAAGAGCUUUGAAAUACUCGAAAUGAUUAGCGAAGGAAGUUUCGGCACGGUUUACAAAGCACUGUGGCAGAAGAAAAUCGUUGCCGUGAAAAAGUCUCACAUCCACAUGUCCCUGGAGGGCAUGCGUUCCAUCGUGCGCGAGGUGAAUACGUACCGCUCCGUUUCGCACGAUAACAUUGUAAAGUAUUACGGAGUCUGCAUAGACGAAUCCUUCAUAGGGAUCGUCCUGGAGUAUGUCCCCAGAGGGAACGUCUUCGAUAUGUUGUACAAUGGCACGCUGGUUGUUCCUUACGAGGUUCGCCUGCAUAUGGCUGUCCAGCUCGUGCAAGUGGUUAAGUACCUUCACUCGGUUAAGCGGUUCGUCCACCGGGAUUUGAAAACGAGUAACUUUUUGUUUGACGAGGAGUACAACCUAAAAAUAUGCGAUUUCGGAAAAACGAGGAAGUUAAACACAGACGGGAAAAUUAUUUUAGAGGACAACGGGGGCUCCCCCAGAUACAUGGCCCCGGAGUGUUUCAUCGAAGGGAACUCCAUAAAUGAGAAGUCAGACAUCUGGGGCCUGGCGUGUUGCCUGAUUGAGAUUUUCGCCAACCAAAUUCCGUUUCAGCAUAUAAAGCAUAAGGAAGAUGUUGUAGUAGAAAUUUUGGUGAACAAGAAGAAGCCGAAUGUGCCUAACUGCUUCCACCCCAAAUUGCAUAAACUGUUGGAGAGGAGUUUCUGCACAGACCCAGAGGAAAGACCCUCAUGCGAGGAAUACCUACAAUUGCUUCUCGAGUAUUAUGAAAACAGCUGA